AUGCCGAUGGAGAUCGGGAUGUCGGGGCGUCUUGGAUCUCCUCUCUUGACCGGCAGAAGAUGCCUCGUCGCAGCGCAGCCGCGUAUCGCGCCCUCUUCGUCGCCGCCCGUGCUCCACCAGUUGCACCAGCACCAGCUCCAGUACCUGCACCUGUGCCAGCACCAGUACCUGUACCAGAGCCCGAGGUCGUCGCCUAUGGACACGGGGUCCCCUACGCCUACACCUUCAGCUCCUACACCAGUGGCGGUACCGAUUCCGCAGGCUGCCGCUCCAGUUCCACCUGCGCCUGCACCACCUGCACCUGCACCACCUGCACCUGCACCACCUUCGCCUGCACCCCACGCGUCGACGGGUUCAGCACCGACGCCUCAGUAG